UUCAGCGAUUUUGCCAAUCUCUGCAAGAAUGAUAUGUUAAAAAAUAACGAGUUGGUAAGCGGGUUAAUUAACACACCUUUAUCACACCAUUCAAGUUUGAGCAUUCAAGAUAGGGAAUCUAAAACAUUACCAAAACUAUCCCUGUAUAAAUAAACAGGUUCCGCCAGUUCGUCAUACCUUAUCUCAAAUUUUCGUGUUGCAAUCAGGAAGCAAUCAGGUUGCCUGAAUCGCGGUAUACAUCUGUAAACCAGAAAUAAUCGAGAAGAGAAGUUUUCCAGCAUUAUGUCACCUUCAUGCCGAAAAUGAUCAUUAUCAGUUGCGAGAAUACCCGCAUUUGUCUGUUUCAUAGUUUCUUCACAAUACAUACAGCUAUUUCGAGAAGGGUUGUCGGAAAAGUGCACGCGACAAUCCCUAAAGGUAUUGUGGGUGGUUUUGAGUACACUAUUCUUCAAAGAAAUUAAAAGAAUGGCAUGAGAGGCCAUGGACGUAUGUUUGCGAGCUCCUAAAGGAAAGCAACAAACGCAAGUUCGAGAGCUGCAGUGUCAGGAACGGUGUAUUGAUUAUAUCCCAUAUAUGUUACCUUUCGGGAUUGUCGCGUGCAGAUCUUUUCCGACAACCUUUCUCGAAAUAGCUGUAUACUGGUUUUAAACCCUUUCGCCCAAGGUCAAAAGCUGAAAAAGAAAAUGAAAAAUAAAUCCAUUCACUCCGGCAAAGACAUUUAGGAGUCGUGAACUUUCGAAAGUCAUUAUCUUAAUGAGGACUAAGUAUGCAAAAAUUCUGUCUCAAAACUAUGACAUAAUAGAACGGGAAAAUGUCUAUGCGCAUGCGCCAAAGUACUCGCACUUCUGAACAUGUACUCUUCUCCAAAACCCCUUGCCUUUUUACGUCCAGCGGAUCCCAUAAAAAACCCAAAACAGGCCCUUUUGCCUUCUUCUUCUGUAAAAGAUAUCAGUUUGUAAAAUAUUCACUUUUGUUUGUCAAUAGGCAUUCAAAGUGGCAGAGGAACAGCUUGGUAUCCCGGCCUUGCUGGAUGCGAGUGACCUGGUGUCCAUGGAUGUUCCGGAUGAACUAAGCAUCAUGACCUAUGUGUCGUCUUUGUAUUUUCACCUUAGCAAACUUAACAAUUCAGGUAAACAAAUGCAGAUUGAAAUAAAUUGAAUAAUACCCGCGUGUAACGAAAUUAAUGGUUAAAGAACCUGCUGGAAGAAAUUUUGCCAUUUUAACCCAGAAAUAUAGUAACAAAAUCAAGCAGAUUCUUAUACGUCGGUUACAGGCAAAUUUUAAUUUUGAUAAACAUUUAACCAAGGAGUUUGCAAAUUUACAUUACAAGAAAAAUAGUACUCUCUUUACGAGUUAUUGUAUUUAUUUAUUUCAUAUUGUUUUUAAUUAUAUUACCCUUGAUAAUAGAGAUAACGAUACAAAUACAUUCUGUUACUAGUUUUGUUAUACAUACUGAUACGUAGACACUCUGUACGCCUAAAAUUUUAUAUUUUUCAAGUAAUCAACAACACAAUCUUCUUCAUGAAAUUAAGACCCUCACCAAGGACCCGCUUUGCCUAAAUUUCCAACCCCAAAAUUAACCUGGCGGCCAGACUUCAAAAAAUGUAGGUUCUUACAAGCGGUUUUUAUACUGUACUUAUUACUGGAACACAAGCUGUUUAUUAAUCUGUAUGUUUUUAUUAUAGAAAAUGGCACAAAAAUAAACAACAAAAUGGGUAAAUAAUCUCUUUCUGUCUAUGUUCAAAUUUUUUCGGACGAAUUUAUUGAUUUUGAUAACAGUAUAACACUUUUUAAGUUUUUUCUUUUUCUGAACAGGAAAACCCAAGCCGCGAUACAUGUUCGAUAUUCUGGCGGCAGAUGAAGAGUACAAACGGCGUUUUAAAAUCAAACAACGUGAGAUAGUGGAAGAAGAAACAGAAACUGAACACACUACGUAA